UCAUUAACACAUAUUCUCUUUUAAAGGUCCCCAGCAAAGAAAAAUAUGCAGUACUGUCCAACUAAUGCGACAAACAAUAAUAUUUAGAUACAAACAGAAUAGUACUAGCAAAAUAACAUUAAGGAAUGCUAACUACUGAAUAACCAGUUUAGUCAACACAACUGCAGAAUUUUUAAGUUUUCAUGAGGUUUAGGAAUAUUUAUUUAGUUUAAAAAUGCAAAAUCUUAAGGUGGACCAGGACGUGAUUAGAAUGUGGCUGGACAGUUGACACUUCUUCAGUCUCAAUUAUUUCUGCGUGUUGACCCAAAAAGAUAUUCCUGCUCAUACAAUUUUUCUACACCACAUUAAAUACAUAUUUUAAAAUGUUGAAAAAUGGGAAAAUGUUCUUAAAUUCUUAUGCUACUCUUAACUUAACGAGAUCUCUCUUCUACUAAAAAUAGGAAGCUGCAUAAAACUAUAGUUUUGGUUUGAUAAGAUGCAUAAUAGCGAAAUGACGUUUUAAAUACCAUUUCAUAAAUAUUUUAUCAAUCAAAAGUCACGUUUAAUAUGGCUUGGAUCUGGUUAAAAUAAGUUGCAGAUUUUUUCUUUCAAUCCCUGGCAACACCAAAAACUAGAAAAAAUCAAACAGACGAAUAUCUUUGUAAUUUACAAGAAUAGUUAAUGUUAAUCCCUUUUGAACAAAAAAAAAGAAGUUAAUGUUAAUCCUUCGAAUAUACAAAACCGACGUUCAUUCUUUUAUUUUUCCUUUUGAAUCUGCUGGUGUUAUGAUAAUUGUGUAGUAAAUAUACACCUACAAAAAUGAAUUAUGGUAAUGGUUGUAAAUUUGUUUGACCAAAAAAAAGAGGUAAUGGUUGUAAAUUUACAAGCUAAAUGUGUGUGUAUAACAUGCCGGUGCAUAUAGGCGUACAAUAAUAGAUAAAUUAUCACAACUUUACAAAAGAAAAAGAAAGUAAUUAGACAAUUAUUGUUUAAUUAUUUGAGCUCAUAAGUCAAAUAGUCCAUACCUAAUAUAGUUAAUUUAGGCGAAACAACGAAAGUUUUAUAGAGAAUAUACAUUAAUAGUAAUACUUUUUUUUUUUUUUGAAACACAUACAUUAAUAGUAAUACAUUAUAUGCAUACUAUUGCCUAACACAUUGCCACCGCCAUCGACAAUAAUUAUUCUACAGGAUCUGAGCAGUUCAUAAAUUGAUUUUAUUUUAUUUUAACACGAAAUACGCAUAAUAUUCAAGCUUUAUAUUCAUUGUAGUUUUACGCAUAAAUAUUUAUAUAUAAUUAAUACACUGGUGAGUUAGUUAUACAUAUCCCGAUAUCUCGUAAUAUAGUAUUCCAUCAUUAUCCGAUUAGAGCCAGGACAUGAACGGACAUAGAUCUUUACCAAAAACAGCUGGGCAGCUUUGGAGAUGCAAUGUCCGAUGAAUAUAAUAUAUACGUAACAACGCGUUUUUCUCACACAAGACUCCAUGAUAUUGACUUGGAAAAAAAAACUACAUAGAUCGGCCAUUAUUGUUGUUUUGUUAUAUUAUAAUUAAAAUAAAAAGGGGAAACAUUUAAAUAACACAUCACAUAACUUAGAUUUUGAAUAAAACAAUUGAAAAUAUGGCCACAACAGCUACAUUUAUACUAGAUUAUUUGUGAAAAUUUUCUCCAUGUCAGUAACAUUUAUAUGGACCACCUCCCAACCUCCUCCACUCUAUAUAAACCCACUAAACCUAAUUCUCCAAAAUACAAAACAUUCAUUUAACAAAUACAAUAAACAGAAACAUGACAUUUCCAAAACUCUUGCUCAUUACACUCUUCUUGUCUCUUCAAACACUCUUCAUUGCUUCUCAAAUCCUUACUUCUUCAUCAAACUCUUCCUCAAGCAUCUGCAAAACGACUCCGGACCCCAAGUUCUGCAAGUCAGUGUUCCCACAAACGUCACAAGGGGACGUUCGGGACUACGGCCGCUUCUCCCUACGUAAGUCACUAACGCAGUCGCGAAAAUUCACACGCACGAUAGACAAAUACCUCAAACGCAACAAAGGCUUAUUAUCACACUCCGCCGUUGGAGCUCUCCAAGACUGCCGUGACUUAGCUAGCCUCACUACGGACUAUCUCACAACGUCGUUCGAGACCGUCAACGUCACCGCAUCGUCCAAAACGCUGUCGUUUUCGAAAGCCGAUGAUAUCCAAACGCUUCUUUCCGCGGCGUUGACCAACGAGCAAACGUGUCUCGACGGGGUCAACACCGCGGCUUCCUCCUCGUGGACCAUACGGAACGGCGUCGCAUUGCCUCUCAUUAACGACACGAAGCUUUUCAGCGUUUCCCUCGCUUUGUUCACCAAAGGGUGGGUCCCAAAGAAGAAGAAACAAACCGGCUACUCUUGGGCCCACCCGAAGAACACUCACUCUCACAACAAGCCGCUCCGUCACUUUCGUAACGGAGCUUUGCCGUUAAAGAUGACGGAACAGACGCGCGCCGUUUACGAGUCUUUAAGCAGGAGGAAGCUCGCCGACGACAAUGACGAUAACACGGUGCUUGUGAGUGACAUUGUGACGGUGAACCAAAACGGAACAGGGAAUUUCACGACCAUUACGGACGCAGUUGCGGCGGCGCCGAACAAAACCGACGGUACAGCUGGAUACUUUGUUAUCUACGUGACGUCUGGUGUUUAUGACGAAAACGUAUUGAUCGCUAAGAACAAAAGGUAUCUAAUGAUGAUCGGUGACGGAAUCAACCGUACGAUUAUUACCGGUAACCGGAGCGUCGUUGACGGUUGGACCACUUUCAACUCCGCCACUUUUGCCGUGACAUCGCCGAACUUCGUCGCGGUAAACAUGACUUUCCGGAACACGGCCGGACCAGAGAAGCACCAGGCCGUGGCGUUGAGGAGCAGCGCCGAUCUCUCCAUCUUUUAUAGCUGCAGUUUCGAAGCUUACCAAGACACUUUAUACACUCACUCACUAAGACAAUUCUAUAGAGAAUGCGACAUAUAUGGAACAGUCGAUUUCAUAUUCGGAAACGCAGCUGUUGUCUUACAAAAUUGUAAUCUGUAUCCGAGACAAGCGUUACCGAACCAGUUUAACGCUAUCACAGCUCAAGGUCGUACCGACCCGAACCAAAACACAGGAACUUCGAUCCACAAUUGUACGAUUAGACCUGCGGAUGAUCUGGCUUCGAGCAACUAUACGGUCAAAACGUAUUUGGGACGACCGUGGAAAGAGUAUUCACGUACGGUUUUCAUGCAAUCGUACUUGGAUGGUUUUGUUGAACCGGUUGGUUGGAGAGAGUGGAAUGGAGAUUUUGCAUUGAGUACGCUGUACUAUGCUGAGUAUAACAAUACCGGACCCGGUUCAAGUACCACGAAUCGGGUGGUUUGGCCAGGUUAUCACGUGAUCAACUCAACCGAUGCGAAUAACUUUACGGUUUCGAAUUUCUUGUUUGGAGAUGAGUGGAUGGUUCAGAGUGGCGUGCCGUAUAUGGCCGGUUUACUUUCGUAGUUUCUUGUAUUUGAUUAUUUAUUCUUACUUUAUUAGUCCAUAGUAGAACUUUAAUAAACCGUUGUAGUUUUGGACAUUUAUGUGAGAAUACUAUAAAAUAAUAAUUAUAAUUUCAGUUACAUUUUUUUGA